ACUUGCCCCCCUUUCUCUCCUCCCUCUAUUUCAUCCCCCCCGGGGACCUCUCAUUUCAAUUCUUCUGGACUUUAAUCCUUCUGAUUUGAACAAAGAUUCGAGAUUGAAGUUUUUUAAUUUUCUGUGUGUUUGUUCUUCAAUGGCUGCCGUGCGAGGAUGCGAAACGAAGACUAGUACUCCGGUUGAGCCCAGUUCUGAGGCCGCCAGACGCCGCCGCAUGGAAAUUCACCGGUUCCGAUUCCUCGCCUCCGACGCCGCCGUGGCGCCGCCGCCGCUCGACGGCGGAUUGAAGCGGCAAAGAGCUCCCUCGCCGCCGGAGCCUGAAACGGCAGUGGAAACUGUCACUGAGGAGACGAGUAGUGUGAAGCGACGUAAGGCUUAUGACGAGAAAGUUGAGAGGAGUAAAGAGAUUGAACAAAAUCUAAUCGAGAGAACAGAGCCUGAGGAGAUUAAGGUUUCGGAUCGGCCGGAAUCCUCGUCUUCCUCGGAAGCCGAGCAGGAUUUUGGUUCAGAUUGUCCGAAAUUCGGCAUGACGUCAGUGUGUGGACGGAGACGAGAUAUGGAAGAUGCGGUUGCAGCUCAUCCCUGUUUUAGCAGGAAAUCCCUAGAAAAUUCUAGAAAUAUGCACUUCUUCGGCGUGUACGAUGGCCAUGGUUGCUCGCACGUUGCGAUGAGGUGCAGAGAUCGGAUGCACGAGAUAGUGAGAGACGCGAUGGAGAAAGGGGAGUCCACGUGGCCGGAGAUUAUGUCCCGGAGCUUCUCUAAAAUGGAUCAGGAAAUCACUGAUCUGUCUAACGGAGCCGUCGCCGGCGCCGUCCCACGCUCCGUUUGCCGGUGCGAGUUCCAGACUCCCCAGUGUGACGCCGUCGGAUCCACCGCCGUCGUCGCCGUCGUGACACCCGACCAUAUUAUCGUAUCCAACUGCGGCGACUCCCGCGCUGUUCUUUGCCGGAAUGGCGUCGCUAUCCCCCUCUCCGUCGACCACAAGCCUGAUCGGCCGGAUGAGCUGAACCGGAUUGAAGAAGCCGGCGGGCGUGUUAUAUACUGGGAUGGGCCCAGAGUUCUCGGAGUCCUGGCAAUGUCUCGAGCCAUCGGCGACAAUUAUUUGAAGCCGUACGUUAUAUCGGAGCCGGAGAUAACGAUUACGAAAAGAACGGCGGAGGACGAGUGUCUGAUACUGGCAAGCGACGGGCUUUGGGAUGUCGUGUCGAACGAGACAGCCUGCGGCGUUGCCCGCAUGUGUCUCCAGCAGCGGGGGAAACCUCCGUCGCCGCUGCCGUCGCCGGGAAAUGACGUCACCGUGACGCCAUCCUCCGACAAGGCCUGCUCCGACGCCUCAAUCCUGUUGACGAAGCUGGCGUUGGCACGACACACCGCCGAUAACGUUAGCGUUGUUGUCGUGGAUUUGAGAAACGAUUUAUAAUAAUUAAUUAAUUAUUUACAGAUUUUUAUGUAUAAUUACUUAGUUUUUUAUUGUUUUUUUUUUCUAAUUUUUCAGUGAGGGAUAGAAAGUGUAAAUAGGUGCAAAUUCGUGGGCAAUUGUUUUUUCCCAUGAUUACAAAUCAUUAAAACUUUGUCAAACCUCAAUUAAGUUGAGGAAGUCAAACAUUUCCAGAUUGCAAUCAUACAAUCUUGGACCCUUAUGAGUGGUUGAUUAAGUUAUUAAGGUUUUCUAUUAAAUUUUCUUUUUCUAUGAACAUUGUGCUUUGACCAAUAUGGAUUUGAGCUUCUUAUCAAA